AUGUUCAUUGCAAAGCUUUUCUGCUUUUGUGUGGCAAGUGUCUUACCGCAUAAGUAUGGAGAAAAAGAUGUCACUUCAGCGUUAGCCUUCGGUCAUUUCAUUUUUUCCACUGUCGAGAAAUUUUGGGGAAGAAUUGAUAUGUCUAAUGUUAAAAACACCAAGGAAGGUCAUUUCAUGAAAACACUGCUCUCAAUUAACAGUGAAAUAACGGUUGAAACAGUAGGAGAAUCUAUUGCUGCUAUACAAAAUAAUUCUGAACGCUUGUUAGUCCUUCCAUCGCUAAUCGAGAAGAAUGAUAGCUUAAUUUCUAACCAAUUGAAUGGGUCUGAUAUAUUUUCAAUUAAGAGUGAACUGGAUGAUAUUGUAGCAUUAGGAGAACAAUACCAAGGUAUGAUUGAUAAACUCUCUUGGAAAAGUAGGUUAUUUCUUAAUAAGGCCUUUAAGAAUGCUAUUUUAUCAUAUAUUCAGUUCCAUGCAUGGAGAAUAAAUAUGUUAGGUAAAAAAUGUCUUAGGUAA